AUGCCACAACAAAUGCAACAAACUGGUGAGACACGGAGCAGACAUUCGGACCCCUACAACCCUAUUAGAGGUGCAUCACAAAUGUGUGGCCAACAAGUGGAAGCAACUAUGCCAAAGGAAAACCAACGAUUGUCACUGCAGUUGCCACAACUUCUGCAAGAAUUGAGGCAACUGCAGGACCAAGUUGCACAUCAACAAUCGCGAACGACCGGUGCCAAAAGUGACAAGAAAUUCCCACAGAAACAGGCGAUUAAAAAAUUUGGAGGGAGAAAACCUCAUGUGAUUCGCAGAAACAUUAAUAUUGCUGCGGCAAAUCUACAAGUGGUCGCUUCACCGCUCGCUGAUCGCUAUUGGCUAAAAAUUUCACAGUCAGAGUUAAUAGCAAAGUUAAGACGUUAUAUUAUCGCACCGAAUCUUUUGCCCGUCUAUGGCUACCCAUUUAAAAGUUGUUUGUACAAGGGUAAAGUUGUAAUUUAUAAGAAGUUGCCCCCCCGGUUCUAUACAAAGAGUACCAGCAAGCCAAAUGCGCCCCACAACGAUGAGAACGUGUACCCGACUGACUUGGACCGACAACACGUGCCGAAUAAUGAUGAAGAGCCUAAGCAAUGCGUACGCUGUGAACGUCCGUUUCGCAUCACAAACACCGGCGAAUAUGUAACGCGAGAGAAAUGUACUUUCCAUAAAGGAAAGUUACAUCGAGUGUAUACUCAAAACAAGAAAUACAACUUACAGUACACCUGUUGUGGCGCCUCCAGAGAGUCAGUGGGCUGCGCGUCCAAUCCGGUGCACGUAUGGACCGGUGUUGUGUCCGGCCUUAAUGGACCAUAUAGAGGUUUUGUGCACACACGCCAUAUUACCGACGAGCCCAAGGUGUACGCGUUGGACUGUGAAAUGUUUCAUACAGGACGUGGACUGGCCUUGACCAAGGUCACCGUGAUCGGCUUCGAUGGGCAAUUAGUUUAUCAGAAUUUUGUGCGUCCCACGUCCAUCGUCGUGGACCACAAUAGGCGGUUCUCAGGUGUUACUGACAGAGAUGUAUCCAAAUCAAAAAAGCCAGUUAAGACGCUCGGUGAGGUGCAGCUUGAUUUGCUUCAAAUAAUCGACGCCAACUCAAUACUUAUAGGACAUGGUUUGGAGAAUGAUUUGAGGGUCCUGCAAAUUGUGCACCAAACCGUUGUCGACACUUCGAUCGUAUUUUCCCAUUCCAACGGUUUUCCUUAUCGACACUCGCUAAAGCAUUUGGUAAAAAAACACUUAAAGCGUAACAUUCAAUUAGAAGGCAAGAGUCACGAUACUUUAGAGGAUGCACGGGCAUGUUGGGAGCUGAUGCUCUGGAAGGUGGCCACCGACAAACAGGAGGGCUGA